AUGGUAGAAUCUCUCAUAUUGAAUAAUGGCAAAUAUCUUGUUGAUGUUGAUACAAAAUGCAAUAAUGAUAAGACAGCACUUCAUUUGGCAGCAAUAAAUAAUUCAAUUGAAAUUGCUGAAUUUCUUAUAUCACAUGGAGCCAAUAUGGACGUGACAGAUAUUGAAAAUUAUACACCAUUUCAAUGUGCAAUUAGAAAUUAUCAUAGAGAAAUUAUCAAAAUUUUCAUUUUAAAUGGUGCAGAUGCAAACACAAGAGUAGAAAAAGGAUAUUCAAUUCUAUAUUUUGCAAUAAUUUUUGGUGAUAAAGAAAUGAUAGAAUUUCUCAUUUCGAAUGGAAUUGACAUCAAUUCUGUAGUUGAUGCUGAUGGCAGAGCAGCACUUCAUUUUUCUUUAUGGAUAAAUUCUCAAUAUAUCAAUAAUUAUCCAUAUUGA